GGGCGUCAUCAGCGGGCUCUUCUCCCCUUUUUUUUUUCACUUUUCACGCCCAUAUAGGCGACGACAACGACGCCGCCCCAAAGAGUCUUGCGUGUCCGAGACCGAACGCCCGUUUACUUUGACGCAUCGGCGACGCGCUUUAAACACGAGCCAACACCGUCGCGCUGACAAAGACUCUCGGAGACUGUUCGGCACAUUCUGCGCGUGCGACCAGAGACGCCGUGCCGCCCGAGCUCUCGAGGAAGAGCGUUACAACCGUCCUUCCUCGUUCCCCGAGGCCCCUCUGCAACCCUUCCGAAGCAGCCGAGGAGGCACUGCACACAACUGCUGACAUGGAGCCCACGACGUGGACCCGGUUCGUAGUUUGGACUGCGCUCUGCGCGUGCUCCUUUCUGAGGACAGCCCUGUGCCAGCAGCAGGAGUGCGACCCUGUGCCAGUGCUGCGUUGCUACGGUGGCCUGCUAAGCACCAUCGAGACAGACAUGGACAGGCUGGCUGCCAAGUACGGGCCCGAGCUGGACUCCGCACUUAGGACGUUCGUCGGGAAAUACCCGGCUUCGUCUUCACCGUGCAAGAUACGGCCCGGAGAGCAGGGUCGGUGCACGGCCUCCGAGCGCGAGCAGCUGGAACGCAUCGAGGGCGUCUACGAGGUCUUCCAGAGGACAGUCAGCGACAGCGACGCGCUCAAAGACAUGGUGGAGGCAUACAAGUGCUGGGACCGGCGCAAGUACCGCGACUGCUUCGCCAACCUGCUCCAGGACACGCUCAUCCGCGAGUACCGGGACUCGUCGUCGUACCAGUACACGCCGGAGAAGACCAGAAUCUGCAGGCAAUGGUCCGGCCUAGCCGACAGGUGCUUCGACGACACGACCGAUAACCUGUGCUCCGACAGUGCGAAGGCAGGACGUCAGCGGUUCCGCGACGUGAUUUCAGCCUAUGUGGGCAGCUUUGGAUGCCGGGACAGCGCCGCCACGGCAGGCCGGCCGCUCCUGCUGACCUGCACCGCCAUCGGCUUUGCCAUCUGGCUGACGAUGCGCCUCGGCGCCUUCUACUAAUCGGCUGCUGUAGUGUCGUGCAACGACAAAUCUGCAAGCGGCGUCCGGCCAACGUUAUCUAAUCAUCGUCGUCAUGAUUAGAUUAUCGAGGUCUCCUGCAGGAAAGAAGGCCUCCUCCAGAAAUCUUCCAGUCCCGACCAAUACCUCUAUCAUCCACAUGGGUUGACAUAUGUCUAAUCCUAGCUACAUUUAAAAAUAAGGAUAUGGUUACUUAGAGAUUUCAUAGACCACCACGCAUAAAGCGCUUCCUAUACAAGAAAGAAAACGUGUUUUUCUCGGACGCAUGUCCCCAUAUGGGAGCGCGCUGGGGCAGUUGUAUCCCGCUGAUGAUGCGAUCACUAAUUUACUCUUUCACCUUUUUAACGUAUUUACAGAGCUUAUACGAAUAAUUUUGCGAAUGGUAUGCACGGUGUAUGUAAUGGCAUGCAUGUUCUCUGUUUGUGGCCACACUGAAAAAAAAAGUUUGCCAGCUUUGAAGCUUAGUUCGUUUCCGAUUCCAAGCAUAAAGAUCACAAAUAUUUAGGAGCAUUUCCUUUAACGCACUGCUUCGCUGCUUUCAUGUCAAGAACGCUAUGUAGCGCUGAUGCGUUCAUGUCGUUCGUCACCUGAAAGUACCAGGCACGCAGCCUUAUAUAAGGUGACGCAGUAUAGACCAUGAUUAUUGUUUGAGGACAACGUAAAAGCCCUAAAAGGUGCUAAUUCGUUUUAUAGUGCAUGGUAUGUUUGUCCUAGACACAACUUGUAUCCUGAACCGCAGCAAUGGUCCAUAACUGUCUCAACUCACUGGAGAAAGCGGAAAUUUGCACCGGUAAGUGAAAGCGGAACUAGAACUUGACAGAUGUUCUUGCAAACCAAGUGUCUCAUUAGAGCCACCAUGACCAGUGACGAAGAGUUCUUGACAGGCCCGUAACGGUAACAAAACGUCAAUUAAGCACUGUCAUGGUCACAAAGCAGACAAACCUGGCCAAACUAGAGCUGAUCCGAACAAUUCGCAAUGAAACUAGUAGUUUUCCUAAAUGUUCUGUGUUUACAUUGGUUCUGCCCUCUUGGAGGUUCGCGCUUCGCAUCCGUGAGCUCGAAACGUUAUCAUCGUGUUAAGCAGACUCUAAAGGCAAAUAUUAGGUCAAUUUGGACCGUUAAAAUGUCAUUCCAGAAACCUCGCAGAGUGUCGUGGUAAGAAAAUCCUGUCUGAAGUUUUCGCAUAUCUUAAGCUCAAUACCAAUCGCCCUCGCCCGAGCGGGUAGUCGUGACGUUGUAUAAGCCAUCACGACCCUUUACUACCGUCGGCGCGUAAAACGGCGCCCGACCGCUGGCGCUGCAGUUUCUUGCGCAAAACGCAAAUGCGCUGUUAAAAACCCAGCCUAGACAGAGCAAAAAGGGAAGGGAAAGCGCGCGCCAAAUUAUAAGCACGAUCUUCGACGCCCGUCGCGAUGGCCUCGUUCGCUACUACUAGCAGUUUGUCAGAGUUACAUGAUCCAGUAAAACCAGCGCAGCGAAAACGAAACUGAUCACAAGCGAAAGCGUGAGCCGCGCAGAGCUGAGUGAAAACGAAACCUUUCGACCACCCGCGUUGUUGUUACGGUGCCUAUUGAAGCCAUAUCGUUGUAAAUGGUAACGUCAAAUAGUUCUAUUCUCGAAGAAUUGAAUAGAAGUGAACAAGUAGCAUGUUCUUCCGUAAUACAGUGCAAUGCAAUUAUCUUUUUUUAUUAUACGUGGUUCAGUACCAGGGACAGAAAUAUUAUGAGAAGUCGCUACGUCACCGGGACCGUACUUGAAUGUUCCGGGUGCUCCAAAUCGUGUCCUGCAUUUACCUCAAUUUCUCGACUAUUACUGCUCUCUUAUUCCUCGAUAACAUUGACGUCUUAGAGGGUCUCGAGCAUUGUGUCACUAUAGCUUGACUCAAUAUUUGCGUUUAGUGUCCGUUUGGUGCAUUUGCAAUCGUUCACUGGCGCCGGUGUACAUUUUCCAGAGUGAGCGAGUGGAUUGCAAGGCUCUGCAUUGUUUCUACCAACAACGAAAUAACGGGCCACUGUGAAAGCGUCCUCGCAGGUACGAAUUCGGAGGUUUAUGGCGAGUGUAGAAAGGUGGUUCUUGAAACCAUUGUUCUUGUAGAUAAGCAGCGCAUGCCUGGUAAUUCACUAACCUAUAAACCACGGCGAACACCUGAAGUUGUUUAGUUCGUGCAGUUGUACAAGGUCUUUCCUCAGGUCAUCAUCGCUUAGUCUUUUGUACUAUACAUCCUUUUUUUUCCUCAUCUUACAAACUUGUCUUGGAAGGUUCAUGACCCGAAUUCCUGACGCCGCAGACGUUUGCUAGCCUGGACAUUUGUUUGCAGUCCAAACUGUUCUGCUGUAAAAGAAAGAGACAAUAAAAAGAU